AUGAAGAGGGUGGAGAAGCCAGAGGGAUACAGGCAAAUGAGGCCCAAAACAUUCCCUGCAAGCACAUAUACUGGCAAUAGCAGACAGAUGCUGCUGGAAAUCCGCGAAAGCCUCCGUCAUCUUCCUAAACCAUCAGAUGCUGCUAAGGUUGAACAACCUCCUGCCAAAACAGAGGAUCCAAGGCAAGGAAGGAACCCACCUAAGUUUGUCACAUAUCACAAAGCCCUGGCUGAGAUUCGCAAUUCCCUACAGCCUUUUGCAAAUUCCUCAAAUUCAACCCAGAGAGGAGGAAAUGAAGUCAAUAGAAAAAUGCUUCAUGAUCUGCAGACUGCCGGAUUUGAUGAGGAUAUGGUGGUACGAGCCUUACAGCAAACAAACAGUCGUAGCAUUGAAGCUGCAAUCGAGUUUAUGAGCUAUCAAGAGCCCUAUCGUGAACCACAAGUUGCUGCUGCAGCAAGACCCCUGAAUGCUGGCAUGAAACCUCCAGGCAACAUUCAGCAUUCUGUGAAUCGCAGACAGAGCUGGAAGGGUUCAAAGGAGUCCCUGGUUCCACAGCGACAC